GUUAAAUAUAAACGUUCAAUCAUGACUGUGACCUAUACAUCUCGUGUGAACACAUUUAGCGUUUUCAGCAAUUUUUUGGGUUUGCUGGUAAGAUGGCGCGGAAGUAUUUACAAGUUGAUGUGGCCAGAUUUGAUUGUGUUCUUCGGAUUGUACUGCCUGUUGGCCAUAACAUAUCGCCUGCUGAUGAACGACGCGGGAAAGAAGUUUUUCGAGGCCAUCAUAUCGUAUUGCGAGAGGAAUGGUUCCCUCAUUCCAUUGUCCUUCGUGCUGGGGUUCUUCGUAAGGAUCGUGAUGAAUCGUUGGUGGGAGCAGUAUACCACCAUUCCCUGGCCAGAUGGAAUCGCCAUUUUAAUCAGCACCAGUAUCCAUGGCUUCGACGACCGAGCUCGAGUGAUGCGGCGAACAAUCCUGAGAUAUGUCUGUCUGUGCCAGUUGCUCGUUUUCAGAAUGAUUUCACCGCGUGUUAAGCGCCGAUUUCCCACCUAUAACCAAAUCGUAGAAGCUGGCUUUCUGUUGGAGAAUGAAAAAAAGAUUAUCGAGACCCUGGAUCAGGCGUUUCCCUCUUACCCGAAGCACUGGAUGCCCAUCGUCUGGGCAGCUAGCAUUGUGAUAAGAGCGCGGAGGGAGAAUAAAAUCCGCGAUGAUUACGCCGUUAAGACAAUCAUCGACGAGCUGAAUCAGUUUCGCGGAUUGUGUGGCUUUUUGCUCUACUACGAUUGGGUUAGUGUGCCACUGGUCUACACCCAGGUGGUCACCGUGGCCACUUACUCGUUCUUCCUGUUCAGCCUCCUGGGUCAGCAGUGGAGUGAAACGAAAUCGGACCAGGAUGGACUCAGUAUAAUGAGGUGGUUCCCCAUCCUGACCGUCCUUCAGUUCUUCUUCUACAUGGGUUGGCUCAAGGUGGCGGAGACCUUGAUAAACCCCUUCGGCGAGGAUGAUGACGACUUCGAGCUUAAUUGGAUAAUUGAUCGCAAUCUCACUGUUUCAUAUUGCAUUGUGGACGAGAUGCACCAGGAGCAUCCGGAACUUGUCAAGGAUCAAUACUGGGAGGAAGUAUUUCCGAAUGAAAUACCCUAUACCGUGCCAAAGAUGCGUUCCAAUCCACCGGCAGCAUCUACGGCCUACAUGGAAACCCAAGCCCAAUCCAAGAAAAGUCGCCCUGGAUCUCUCCAAUCGACCUAUAGUACCCGUUCUCAUCACAACUUCAGACAGAGCUUCCUGGGGAGACCAUCUGCCACAGGGAGUUACUCAGAUUCCUUUCGAAUGGAAGAAGGACCAUCGGGAAUGAGUUUUAGUGAAAAUCAGUUUGUGUCCGACCAAGAUGAUCCACAAAGCUCCUUGAAACCGUCGCAAUCAACAAUUGAUUUCAACGAGCUUAUUGAACAACGCCGUCGAGAACGCAGGGAGCGCAUACGCCACCGAUUUUUGGAUAUGCGCAGUACGCAUCUUCACCACGAUCCUACUGGAGCUCCUUACACAGUCACUGUUCUUCGUCCUCCGUCCGAUCAAACUCUAUUGGAGGACCAGGAAGCGGGCGAUGCGACCCAGCAGGAUACUAUGUCAAAUAGCAAGGCACAUCCUUCAAAUAAGCCAGAAAAACAAGAGUAAAAGAAUACAAAAGAGAAACCAUGAAGCACAUGAACAAAAUAACACCUCAGGAGUCUUUUCAUACAAAAUAUUCCAUUGAAAUGUACAUUAAAUUGUUGGAUAAUCAAGAACCUUA